AUGGAAGCCAACAAUGGAAUAUUUGGUGCGGUACCAUACUCACAAGAAGAAUAUGAAAUGAUGUCGAAUUCACUGAUGGUACCACUGCCUGAAGAAGAUAAAUCAGAGAGACCAGGUCCAAGUAACACCAGACUGAAGUAUUUAGAGUCAUGGAAAGCAAUAGAGAUCGCCAAUAGAAUAUUCGGUUUCAAUGGAUGGUCUUCAAAGAUUAUUAGUGUAAAUACUGAAUUUUGUGAGAAUGUUAAUAAUAGAUGGAGAGUUGCAUCAUCUGCAACUGUUAGAAUCAUUUUGAAAGAUGGUACUUUUCACGAUGAUGUCGGUUUUGGAACAAAAGAUGAUAACAAUAAAGGUAUAGCUUUAGAGAACUCAAGAAAGGAAGCUGUUUCUGAUGCUAGAAAGAGAGCAUUGAGAGUGUUUGGUAAUGCUUUGGGUAAUAAACUUUAUGACAGAGAUCCCAAUGGUUUAAAGAAAGCAAAACCACAACAACAAUCAAUGCCACCACCACAACAGCAGCAGCAGCAGCAGCAGCAGCAGCAGCAGCAACAACAAAGACCACCACAACAGCAACAAUCAAUACCACCACAACAAUAUCAACAACAACAGCAACAACAACAACAAAUGGCUGACGAAUUCAGUUUUGAUUAA